AUGGAGCUUGGGCAUGGAAUACUUGGCUUCCAUCCAGUGCAGCAAUUCAACAGGUACAAGGAGCUCAAGGACUCCCUUCAGAAGGCCCUGAUUAUUGAUGGGACAGACACAGAAGAAGAUGCAGAAGUUGCCGCCAGCAGUCAGCAAACCUCUGCUGAGGAAGAAGCGUCGCCAGAACGGAAGGCUGUACUGGACCGACUGGAAGGAGAGGAGAACCCUCUGGCAGCUGGCCUCAAGGUGGAAAGUAGCUUGAAGAUGGAUCAGGAGCUGACAGCUUUGGCUCCAAUAUUUGAGAUCAAGGAGGAGGAGAGGGUGGAGAGGGGGAAUGAAGAUAAUGACAGUGCUGCCCCGAUUGCCAAGGGCCAUUUCAAAAUCUUGGAAUUUAGCAAGAAAGGCAGCGCGAGGGCUCAGAGACUCGAGCAGGACGGGCUUGCAUCACCUGCUGACCUGGCCAAAAUACAGUCAGCAUGUGCACUCGCGCUGGCACGGCUUGCCACUCUGUGCAUUGAGCGGCUGCUGGCACUUGGGCGCAGCCUGUUGGCACAUGCGCGCAGCCGCCGCCCAGCCGAGGACUGCAUCGAUUGGCCCCUUGAGUCUGCCACCUCAGCAGGCAUGCUGAGGGCUGAGGUGCUGCAGAUGUUUGUGGCAAUUGAUGACCUGGCGCAUGCUUACAUGGCUGCUCUGCCCAAGGCUGCAUCGGGGACGCAAGGAGGCAGUGCAGAGGAGAUGAGAGGAGGAACAGUUGACCAAUUGCUGAUUGGCCCGGAGGACCAUGCAGAUCCCUCAACAGAGACAGAGAAUUCGGGUGGCACUGUGGACCAUUCAGAAGAACAGGCCUGUUGA